AUGCUUUGUGUUGGAAGUUCAAGAUAUUAUUCAAGCCAUGCUGUAUCUUCAUUACUUGUUGGUCCACGACGUUUGUUUGCUCGUGACAGCCCACACUACGUCGACUCCAAGUGUCAUGGGACUAACCAAAGUAGGGAUAAUAGUACAAAAAUCUUGAAACCGGAGCUAAAUAUUGGUAGUUGUGGUGCUUGCUUUUCCACUGUGACAGGAACUAUUCUAGUCCAAGCUCAUGAUCCAUCUCAGCUAGCAUUGGAAAUAGAGAAUGCAAUUGAUCAGCAGAGAUUUGAUGAUGCAUGGAGGGCUUAUGAGAAGCAUGUUCACAUGGAUGGACUUCCAAGAAAGUCUGUUUUGAGCAAGCUCAUCACUGGCUUGGCAGAGAGCUGUGAUCCUCACCGGCUUAAGCAGUCCUACAAUGUGGUUAGUCAUGCAUUUGAAGAGAAGCAAGAAUUGUUGGAUAAGGAACCCCUAAUUUACCUAUCCCUCAGUCUUGCACGCUGUGCUCUGCCUAAUCUUGCUAUAAAUGUUGUGAGGACGUUGGUAAAGAUGGAAGCAUACCCACCUGUUGCAGCAUGGUCGGCAAUUUUAGCUCAUAUGUGUCAAACUAACACUGGUGCAUUUCUCGGUGCAGACCUCGUAAUGGAGCUUGGUUAUCUUUUCCAGAAUAAUAGAAUUGAUCCACGGAAGAAGAGUAACCGUCCUUUGCUAUCAAUGAAACCCAAUUCAUUUACAUUCAACAUAGUUUUGACUGCAUCCCUCGUGUUUGGCACUACAAGAAAAGCAGAGCAGCUUCUUGAACUAAUGCCUAGGAUAGGGGUGAAGCCUGAAGUCAACUUGUUGAUUGUUAUGGCUCACAUAUAUGAAAGGAAUGGGCGCAGAGAUGAGAUUCAGAAGUUAAAGAGGCAUGUUGAUGAAGCUUGUGGUCUUAGUGAAUCAGAGUUCAGGCAGUUUUAUGAUUGCUUGCUCUCCUGUCAUUUGAAAUUUGGACAUUUGGAUCAUGCAGUUGAUAUGGUGUUGGAUAUGCUUAGGAAAGGUAAGAAUGCAAAGCGGUCAUUGGAAGCAGCUAAAGCCGUUCUUGAAGCUGUUGAAAAUAGAAAAUUUUAUUUUCCUUAUGAGAAAACUGAUGCUGAAAACCCAUGCUCUUCUAAUAGCCAAAUGCUAAGUUAUUCUUCAUUCUUCAAAGACAACAGCUUUGCGAGACUUGAAUUGGAUGCAAGAGAAUUAGUCAGGCUAUUAACAGAUAAGCUGCAGGAACAGGUUGGACUGGUGAAAUCUGAGCAUGGCAUUCUCCAUCCAACUGAAACAAUGUAUGCCAAGCUUGUUAAAGCUUUUCUGGAAGCAGAUAAGAUCAGUGCAUUGGCGUCGUUUCUUGUGAAAGCAAGCAAAGAAGAUUCUCCUGUAUCUGUUGAAAGCUCCUUUGUUGUUCAAGUGAUAAAUGCAUGCAUUUCUCUUGGGUUAUUAGAGCAAGCACAUGAUCUUCUGGAUGAAAUGAGAUUUUCUGGAAUUAGGGUUGGUUCAUCCAUUUAUUCAUCACUCCUAAAAGCCUAUUGCAAAGAGGGACAACAUGAAGAUGACAUAACUGCACUUUUGAAGGAUGCUCAACAAGCUGGCAUUCAACUUGAUGCAAGCUGCUAUGAGGAUUUGAUACAAUCUAGGGUGAAUCACAGUAACACCACAGGUGCUCUCCAUCUUUUUAAAGAAUUAAAGAAUUUGAAUGUUCUGAAAGCUGGUCACAAGGAAUUUCAGAGAUUAGUGCAAGGCUCAGAUGACAAUGAAGCUGCUUUGAUGACCAAGCUAGUGGAGGAAGUCAGGAGUGGUCAUAUGGUUGAUCAUGCUGUUCAUGAAUGGAAUAAUGUUAUCCAUUUCUUCUGCAAGAAGAGAUUGAUGCAUGAUGCUCACAGAGCACUGAACAAGAUGCGAUCUUCUGGCCAUGUGCCAAAUGCACAAACUUUUCAUUCUUUAAUAACUGCUUAUGCUGCCAUUGGUGGCAAAUAUGUGGAAGUGACAGAUUUGUGGGGUGAAAUGAAACUUCUGGCUAGUUCAAGUUCUAUGAAAUUUGAUCAGGAGCUCUUAGACUCUCUGCUGUAUUGCUUUGUGAGAGGUGGUUUCUUCCUUCGAGCCAUGGAAGUUAUAGAGAUGAUGGAGAAAAGAGAGAUGUUUAUAGACAAAUACAAAUACAAGUCAUUGUGGCUUAAAUACCACAGAACAUUGUACAAAGGUAAGGCUCCCAAGGUGCAAACAGAAGCACAACUAAAAAGGCGAGAAGCAGCAAUAAAUUUCAAGAAAUGGAUUGGGUUGACAUGA